CUCAGUUUUCUCAUUUGUAAAAUGGAGAUGAUCUCGAAGGUCCUUCCCAUCUCUGAAUCUUUGGAUUUGAUAAUGCAUUGCAUAUAUUAAGAAGUCAAGAACAUGAUCCGCCGUGCAGUGUUCUUGGCUGAUCGAUGAUGUGUUCUUUCAUCCUGUAGAUUAAUACUGCCAUACGAAAGAUUUAUUAAAGGAGAGGAAGAUAAGCCCCUGCCUCCAGUAAAGCCUCGAAAACAGGAGAAUGCUGCCCAGGAGAGCGAGAGCAAAACAAAAAUGUCCGGAACGAAACGCAUCAAAAGUGAAAACCCAAAGAACAAAAAGGAAAAAGACCAUGCCGCGAAGCCCCAGGAUGCCUCAGAGGUCUCAUCGGAGCAGGAGAAGGAGACGCCAGAUCAGAGGAGUCUGACCGCAGCAGAACUGAAGAAGCAGAUGGAAGGAAUCCAAGACUGUGCAGUGGCCGGAGCAGACCCAGGAAAAGACUUGAAGGGCCAAGGUUCACACAAGGAGAAAGCCGAGGAGGCCGUGGAGAAGGAGGAGGAGGCGCCAUCUUCUUUUUCCGGCGUCCCCGGCCUCCCCGAGGAGGAGCCAGCCCACCUCCCGGGGGUCGGCAAAGAGUCGCACCCGUCGCCAGAUGUCCUCGUUGACAUGAAGCAAGAGCCUCAGACAUGCAGUUUCACGGAGGGCCCCGAAAACGAGCUUCAGGAGAACCCCUUCGGCAGUUUCCCCGCCAUGCAGUUGCCUUUGGCGAGCCAGAACGAGAUGGAAGACGACAAGCUGCCCGUGAUGGCCGAUUACAUCGCCAACUGCACCGUCAAAGUGGACCAGCUUGGCCACGACGACAUCCACGAUGCGUUGAAGCAAAACCCCAAAGUCCUCGUGGUCCAGUCCUUUGACAUGUUCAAAGACAAAGAGUUGACGGUUCCCGUCCACGAUGACCCGGCCUUUAACUAUACCCCCUUGCUUUACUCCCGGGGUAAUCCGGGCAUCAUGUCGCCACUGGCGAAGAAGAAACUUCUGUCCCAGGUGAGCGGCGCCAGUUUAUCCAGCAGCUAUCCCUACGGCUCCCCUCCCCCUUUGAUCAGCAAAAAGAAAAUGACCAGCAGAGAUGAACUGUGUUCGGGUUUGUCCCAGGCCCAUCACGGUCCCAACGCAGACCACAUGGUAGUCAGCCGACCGUCGGUGAUACAGCACGUGCAGAGUUUCAAAAGCAAGACUUCGGAAGAAAAAAAGGUCAUUCACGAAGUCUUUAAGCAGGACAAAUUAAGUAAGCCAGAUAGCCAUCGCUGCAGUUUCUCCAAACAUCACCUUAACCCACUCUCCGAGUCGUAUGUACUGAAGUCGGAGAUGGAGGAGAGCAAAGACAAACUGAUGGAAAAAAGGGCGCUCCAGCACUCCCACGUGCCCAGCUUCCUGGCAGAUUUCUAUUCAUCUCCCCAUCUACACAACCUUUACCGACACACAGAACACCACCUUAAUAAUGAACAGACAUCUAAAUAUCCCCCCCGAGACAUGUAUAGGGAAUCAGAAAAUAUUUCUACUUUUCCUUCACAUAAACACCAAGAAAAACUCAGUGUAAAUUAUCACACGUCUUUGCAUCUGCAAGACAAAAAGACGGCAUUGGAAGCCUCUUCGGAUGACCAGCCCACCGAUUUGAGUCUUCCAAAGAGCACGCAUAAGCAGACUGGAAAGGCCCUGGGCCUGACUCAUUCGUCCCUGGGGCAGCAGGAAGGCAAAAAUAUUUCACAGUUUCAGGUUAUGAGCAGCCAGACAAAUCGAGACUGUAACCCCAAAGCCUGCCGAGUGUCCCCCAUGACCAUGUCGGCCCCCAAAAAAUACGUCGAGUCCCUUCCUAGGUCUGGAAAGCCUCACCAUGUGAGACUGGAAAAUUUAAGGAAGAUGGAGGGGAUGGUUCAUCCGAUCUUACACCGCAAAGCCAGCCCCCAGAAUAUCGGCGCGGCGCGGCCUUUAAAACGGAACCUGGAGGAUUUGGAUCUGGUGAUUUCGGGGAAGAAGAUCCGUGCGGUGUCUCCCCUGGAUUCAGCCAAGGAGACGUCGGCAAAGGACAAGGGCUCGGAGCAGGACGGUGAAAGCACCAAGGCGGCUUCCAGCGGGCAUGCCAGCAGCACGUUGGAGAGCCACAAGUUCCCCCUGUCUUCUCCGAUCUUCACGGGCUUGUAUCCAGGAUCCCUGUGUUCGGGUCUCAAUUCCCGGGUCCCAGCCGGAUACUCUCACCCUUUGCAGUACUUGAAAAACCAGACUGUGCUCUCUCCGCUAAUGCAACCCCUGGCUUUCCAUUCGCUCGUGAUGCAACGUGGAAUCUUCACGUCCCCAGCAAAUUCUCAGCAGCUCUAUAGACACUUAGCGGCGGCCACACCUGUAGGAAGUUCCUACGGGGAGAUUUUGCACAACAGCAUCUACCCUUUAGCUGCUAUCAAUCCUCAGGCGGCCUUCCCAUCCUCCCAACUAUCGUCCGUGCACCCCAGUACGAAACUGUAAACUCGGCCUCCCACAGCGUCCGGAUGAAGAUGGCAAGUCUCAUCGCUCCGUCCCCUACCCCGUGAUGACAUCUUGAAGGAGGAGCAGUCGGUGUCCCUUCUCAGCUAGGGCUCGGGAGCCGCCCUGGGAGUUGAACGCAUGGGCCUCUUUGAUCGGGGUACGGCUGUGCUUUGGCUGGGUUGGUCUGAACCCCCUUUCCCGUACCGAUGACCUCCCCAACCUCCAAAUCAUUUCACUUUGCACACGAGUUUUGUGAAGGGAUUUACGACGUCCAGAAAUUGCUCAAAGGGACCCCCGUCUGCCCUCAGAUUGUUGGGCCUGAGCUAGAAAGUUGGCGAUUCCGAGGAGGGGAAAAGAAAAGGAAGGCUCUAGUGAAUCCACCCAUCAAGGGAUGCCCAUCGUCGGGCCGCUUCUUUUGACUUUUCAAGGUUCAAUCAAUGCAAUGUAUAGUAAAUCUGCAAUCAGUCUUUCUUUUUGACACUAUUAAGCCGGAAAAGUAAACACUGUUCAACUGACUGUAUAGACUUGCUUCUGAAAAAGGUACCUGUAUUCGUUUGUUCACAUAAUUUAUAUACAGGUAGUUCCAUUUCCCCUCCCUCCC